AUGCAUGUGCUCAGUCACGUGGCGGUACUUCAUUCGCUCGCGAACACGAGCCGAUAUACGCAGCAGUUCUUGCCUUCGACACCCUUUCUGCGCCGAUCGAGAACUUCUGACUGUUCCGAAACAUGCUCCACAUCCUCGGAAAACUUGAAGAAGCUCUUCAGGGUUAGGAAGGUACACACGGAUGGCAAUGUCUUCCGUCUUCACACCGUCGUCACGGUCGCCUUCCUGAUGGCCUUCGGCACGAUCCUCACCACGAAGGAGUACGUGGGGACGCCCAUAGACUGUCACUGCCCGAUGGUUCCCAAGAGCGUGGUUGACUCAUUUUGCUGGGUGGAGUCCACUUAUAGCUUUCGCGCGCUCUUCAACGCGACUUUCAACGCGAGCGUCAUCUACCCCGGCGCCGGUCACAAGCCUCCCAGGAGCGGACUCGGAGACCGGAGGUACCAAACGUACUACCAUUGGAUCUGCUUCCUCAUGUUCGCCCAGGCGCUGUGCUUUUACGCGCCUCGGUGGCUGUGGAAGGCCUGGGAAGGCGGCAAGGUUUCCGCCAUCGUCGCCGCACUUGACAUCCGUUCGGCUAUGACGCAGAACAGCGCUGAGCUUCGGUCCCAGAUGGUGGACUUUCUCGUGCUCAACAUGAACCACAAUCGCUACUUCCUGGUCAAGUACCUCCUGUGCGAGCUUCUUAGCGUCGCCAACGUCAUAGCCCAAGUGACCUUCACCGACUACGUUCUCGGAGGAGGGUUUCUGACCUACGGCUGGGACCUGGUACGCUGGCAUCGCAGUGAGGACCACCGGGAGUUCGUGAGUCCGGCCGUGAUGGCCUUCCCGCGCAUCGCCAUGUGCACUUUCCUCAAGUACGGUCAGUCCGGGACGAUCGAGAACCUCGAGGCCAUCUGCGUCCUCCCGCUCAACAUCAUAAACGAGAAGGUGUUCGCAUUCCUGUGGUUCUGGUACGCGACCGUGUUGUCCGCUGGCGUCUUGGCCGUGUCCUACCGCGCGUUGCUGAUAGUGAACGUGCCACUCAGGCGUCGUCUGCUCAGCUGGCGCUAUCCGGACAGCCGGCGUAUCCCGGCCCUCGUGUCGUCCAUGUCGGCCGGCGACGUCUUCCUGCUCAGUUUGGUGGGGCAGAACGUGGACUCGCUCGUCUUCAGCCAAUUGGUGACGGAACUGUGGCGCAGGACGAUCAACUCGAUCAACGGGCCGCCCGUCGCCGUCGUAGUGCCUACCGCUCCUGUGCCGCGCUGA